UAUGCAGUACAUGAGAGUAACCAUAUCCGGGGUGGCGGAGUGACUGCAAGCCUGCAAUGCAAAGCGAGCGAGCAGAGCACCCACCAAAAGCGAGCGCAAAGCAAACCUGCCCCUUCCCCUCCGCGCGCUUUCUUUUCUUAUAAAGCGCCGCCUCCUUUUCCUUUAAAGCCACCGCUCCUGCUCGUCUAGCUCCAGCAGUGCAGCUCUACUGCCGUCUCGCCGCCAGCCGAGCCGGAGCCAUGAGGAAGACGGCGGUGGCGAUGGGAGGGGGAGCCGGUGGCAAGGGAGGCACGGCCCCGACGGACCUGCUGGUCUGCUUCCCCACGCGGCAGCACCUGGCGUUGAUGCCCAAGCCCAUCUGCAGCCCGUCCCGGAGCACUAUGGACAAGGCGGCCGCCGCGCGCCGGCGCCAGCUCCAGCUUCCGGGCGCGAGCGUUGCUGGUGGCGGGAGAGGGCGCGCUAGUAGCCCGAUGUUCCAGGGGUCCAAGGCGAAGCAGAAGGCGGAGGACGACGGCGAGCCGCAGUCGCCCAAGGUGACAUGCGCCGGGCAGAUCAAGGUCGGCCGGCCCAAGAAGGCUAAGCCGGGCGCGACGGCAGCGACGAAGCACAGUAAUGGCGGCGGCGGUGGGAGGAGCUGGCUCACCGUGGUGGAGGAGAUCGAGCGGCUGCACGGGCGGAGGAAGAAGGUGGGCUGGCUCGAGGGCGUCGGGAUCAGGAGGGACGCGCUGCCGUUCCUCGGCGGCUUGCUCCGGAGCCUGCGGCUCAAGGCGCGCUGCUUCGGCUCUCUCCACGGCGCGGUGGACUCCUCCACGGACGACGAAGACGACGGCGCGGAGGAGCACGAAGGCAAACACGGAGCCGGCGGGAGCGCCUCGGCGAGCGUCUUCUCCAAGUGGCUUAUGGUGCUGGAAGGGGGCCAGGAGCCCAUGGAGCAAGACUCCGGAGACGACGAAGAGCACCGCCAAGAAGACGAGCGACAGAGCAAGGUGACGGACGACUGCUCCCCCGCGCCGCCGCCGAACGCGCUGCUGCUCAUGCGGUGCCGGUCGGCGCCGGCAAAGGGUAUGUCCAGGAGAGGGACAGGGGAGCCGCCGGCCAGCGAGGUCGAGCAAGAGAAGAGUAGCGUGGACGCUGUCACGGGGGACGGUCACGGUAGUACAGAGGAGGACAGGGACGAGCUGGUGUUCAUGAGCACGGCGCCCGGCUUCCUGAAGCUGUCAAUAGACAUCGCCAAAGAGACGUGGGUCGUCGGCGGCGGGGACCCCCUCGCGAGGAGCCGGAGCUGGAAGAGAUGACCACCGGCAAGGACGUCGCGGCGGUGGAACUUGUUGUACAGAUCACCUCACCGGU